AACACAGAAAUUUUGGUUAUUCGCUUGGAUUUGAUUAAUAAGUACCUUUUGAUUUUGAUGCCAAUGUGAUAACCACAAUUCUCCUGCUAAAAUUACAACUUUUGUAACAAAAUGAAAUCUAUCGCAUAUAUGUACAUUUGAAGUAAACACACAAAAUUCCCAAAUUUCUGUAUUAGUUCAACUAUGCUUGGAGAGAUGGUAGACUAUCCAGUGGUCAUCUGUAGAAGAUAGCUGUCAUCUUGAGUGAGUGAGAAGGGAAACGAAAAAAGACGAGGACAAAACAAAUAUGGAGUUUAUUUGCAGAAGUAUGACUUCAUUUCUCAUCCAGUGAGUUAAAACGUACAAAUCAAUCGUUUUUCGUGGUUCGCGUUAAUGAAACGCGUCAGUGCAAUUUUUCGUUGAAGUGCGUGCAAAAUUUCGUUUUUCGGCCAUUGGAAAAACCAUCAGUUGAGAAAAAACAAUCCUUAAAUUCAUCAAGAAAUCGAAGUUGAUAACUUCGAUCUAUCAGCUGUGACUGCAAAGUUCAGCUUUUCAGUUUGUUGAUUUUCUCGUUUGUGUGAGUUUUCUUGAAAAUACGCCAAACUGGAGCGAUUACCCGAAUACCUCCGAGAUACCGUGGACUGGUUUAUUGGCAAAGCUAGACGUAAAGAAAAAGAAGGUGGCGAAUCAUCGACUAGCACCGAUUCAAAAUUAUAUUUGGAAGCUACAGUUCUAGAACGAAAAUUACCAGAAAUGGACAUGAGGUUAUUGGUAGACCUCCCACCUGGUUUAGACUAUAAUGAGUGGCUAGCAUCACAUACAAUGGCCCUAUUUGACCACGUGAACUUGGUAUAUGGUACAGUUAGUGAAUUUUGCACCCCAUCUGGUUGCCCAGAUAUGACGGGGCCGGGUCAGAGAACAUAUUUAUGGUUUGAUGAGAAGGGCAAAAAGACGAAAGUUGCAGCCCCUCAGUAUAUAGACUAUGUGAUGACGUUUAUUCAGAAAACUAUUAGUGAUGAAACUAUUUUUCCUACAAAAUAUGCAAAUGAAUUUCCCUUAUCGUUCGAGUCAAUAGUGAGAAAGAUCGUUAGACUGUUGUUCCACGUGAUAGCGCAUCUGUACGCUGCGCAUUUCAAAGAGGUGAUGAUGCUGGGUCUCCACGCUCACCUCAAUCUCACCUUUGCCCAUCUCACAGCGUUGCAGCAUAGGUUUUCCUUGAUAGAAGCUAAGGAAACGGAAAUACUGCGAGACCUGGAAGUGGCGUUACAUUUGACAGAAGACAGCCAAGAGCUGGCGAACAAUAAUGAAAAAAUGGAUGACGCGGCGGCGUCGUCGUCGUCGUCAGAAAGCCAUUUGAAGACGCAGGUUACGGAAGCUAGCUGUGGUGACAAUAAAUGAAUUAGAUAGAUGGCGGGAGCCAAAAAUGACAAUUUUUCUAAAGUGGCGUUCUUCUUUGCAGCCUCGAAAACCUCUUAAAAGGAAUAAAAAAACACCUACUAGAUUUUUACUAGCGCGCAUGUGAUUCUCAAGACACAAUAGUGACUUUAUUUUUUUAGUGCUACUAUUUUAUUUAUUGUUUUUAAACUUUUUAUUUUUGUUGUCGACUUUUAAAAUAAAAAGUGGUUACACAGAUUUCUUAGAAGUUUCCUAGAUUAACACUGUACUUAUGCAGGGUGUGAUAGUCCUUUACGGUUGAAAUCAGCUCAGUACUUUUUUCUGAAUCAGACCUAUUCAAAGCACCUUAUGCAUCAUUUUAGGGUCGCAUGACAACGAUAUAAAAUUGACAAGAAACAUUCGUAUUGUUUGACAUUUAUAGAUGAUUCACAAGUUUAAUUUUGGUCUUCCAUUGCCUAUACGAUUUUUGAGAUCAAGUCGUUUACUUAUACUCGAGUAGGUGACGUGUAACUUAAAAGGUAACAUUGUCGAUUUUUUUGACAUUAUGUGCGUUUUUUGAAAUGUAGCUUUUCCUUAAAAAUAUCACCUUAUUUGAACUAGCUGACAUUUACUUUAGGUUCACUUGCAGUAGCCGUGGAAUCAACUAGCGGCUACCUAGUGGACAAGUUGACAUUUUACCGAUUUUUUUUUGAACAUCAUAAGUUACAGGUAGCUGCAUCAUUUCUAAUUUCGUUUUAUAAUACUCUUGUUGUAAAAUACUUGUUUGGUACUGGUGUAAUAGCAGUAGACGUUGCUAGUUCUUUUGUAGUUAACCCUUUAGUUUCUUCAGUUUCGUAUUUCUCUGUUGCUAAUUUUCUUUUUGGUGGCAAUGUCUUCUGAAUUGCUGGUGCUGUAAUACUAACUGUUUGCUCACUGCGCUCGGUAUAUCGUUCACUUCCUUCUUCUUGAACACUACCAACCUGAAUGGCACCUCUAAUUUUCACAAUUGUAGGAUUACAGUCACCUUCCAUAGCUUUCAGCAACUUUCUUUCCCAAUCUGACAAUUUAAUUGCUUUAUUACCAGUUUUUUAGAUGUUUUUUCUUCAAUCUUGAUUUCAUGUUGUUGAUUCUUUUUAAUAAGCCUUUAGUAUCUAAUGGUUUACAGAAUGUUGAUUCCUAUUUUUUUAACAUCUUCUUCAACGCAUCGUCCUUUCUCAUUUUUAUUUUUGGAACUUGUGACUUUUGCAAAAUAAUGGGAGCAAUGGCAAUUUCAUCUGCGAUAAACCUCAGGUCGUUGCCAUUAUUUUCUAUAGUUCUCUGUGUAAGCUCUGGAGCACAAAUGUCAGUGAUGCUGAGUGAACGAACUCCCACGUCAACUACAAGCUGGAACAAGUCAGGACAUGUCGCUCAAGAUACAAAUACCAUUCAACCGUUUACUUCUUCUUGGAGGAUAUCCUCGCGAGUAUACGGUAAUCAUUAUGAAUACGAAAACAAGAAUACAUAUGCUUAUAUUUCUACCUUUUUCUCCGAAGCAAGACCUUAUACUUUUACCUUAUAUUAUGCUUCCGAGGAUAUGUUUCUCUUUUAUGAAUGCGGCUCAUUGUAUCUUGAGAUGAGGGUAUGUCGUGGUUCUCGUAGCACCUCUGUUGUUAUGCUUCUUGGAUAACCUUUCUUCUCAAGUUCUUCUUUGAUGCGACGU